AUGGAAGCAAACGAACGCAUGGCUAUUGCCGCUGGUCAAGCACCUCUGCCCCGCCACGACGAGCUGGAACCUCCCACCUACAUUACAACCCCUCCACCCCAUUCGAUUCGGUCGCCGGGCCACACAACCCUACCCAAGUACCUGAACUUCAGGUACCUCAUCCGUCAAGCUGCGUUCGGCAGAAAAAGUAUUCCCACUGGACUGAGGUUUAAGGAGGGCGGCACAACUGCAAAUAAUCCCAGCCCAGUGCUAAAGUACCUGUAA